GACACUCAGCUGCAGCUUCUCCUCCGUGUUUUCUGCUCUAUGUGCAACAAAACCCGGUCGACGGUUAAAGUGCAUUAAAAUGUGUUUUCUUGCAAUCAGACGUGCGUUUGACACACACACUCGUGCACCAGAGGAUCAGUGUGCCUCAUUCUCCCCCCUGUCGUGGCAGAACCAGAAGACAGUGACUUUGGGGAGGCAGAACAUGUACAGAGAAAAUGUUCCUGCUUUGAGAGGAAAAACCCUCCAGAGCUGAGCUGAGGUGCGCUUUGAGGCUCAGUUCCUCCGUGGCUGGAUGAACUUUAUAUCGAACAUAUAUUAACACUUUGUGGCCUGUGUUUUUUUUUCCUCCUCUAAAGGCUGGAGGACUCCAUUUUGAAGGGACCGGGUGAGCAGCAAAGAGAGAAACAGAGAGACUGCACAGCAACUCGUCUCAGGGAAGGAAACCCAUCUGUUUUUUCCGGGGAGGAAUCAUGCCAGCAUGAGUGGGCCUUACUCAGGCCCUGGCAGGGACACCCAUCAGUCCAGCUGCCCUCUGACCCCCAGCCGUGACCUCUCCACCCACUCCUCCAGACGACAUGAUCACAGGGUCGGACUAACCAUGUCUGCAGCCGCCUCCUCCCUCAAGCAUGCGUCCGUCUACAGGUUCACACAAAGGGACCACUCCUCCUCCUCUUCGUCGUCCUCCUCCUCGUCCUACAGCCCUCUCAGGAGGCUGCAGCAUCUCACCACCAUGGUGAGCCAGCCGGACCUGGUGCUGCCGGUGAGGGAGCCGGAGAGGAGCUGGGACUGGGGGUCGCACAAGAAGGACCGGGACUCCUGGGCGGAUCGCACUGGCAGGGAUUACUCUGGCAGCCAGAUUACGGGCCGAGAGGAGAGCUUCAGUGGUUCCUCUCCUGCACAGAAACCACCAGAGGUCCAGAGUGGAAGUAGAGACACACCUGCAGCCAGUCGCAGCGAUUCAGACAAAAAGACUGAAGGCUGCUUCUCAAACCCACCCAGUCCGGCCUUCUCUCUCGACAGCAACAGCCCCUUUGCCAACGGCUUGCUGCACUUUGAAUCCUCUUUGUUUGAGGACGAUGACAACGAUGAAGAGCGAGGGACCGUGUCGCCCAUCGGAGGCGUGCAGAACCAGCACGAAAGGCCAGGGAAUGUCCUCCAAUCCACACCUGGAGUUAGUAAUGUGAACUCCAAGGAUGCUAACCCAUCUUCAGCCAAGGUCGUCACCCGUUCCCAGUCCUCGGGCCAGCGCAGGAGAUACUGGGACGGCUCGGAGGACGAGUGGGAGAGCGGCAGCGAGCUGUUGCUGUUUGAAGAUAGCCUCUCAAGGCUUGCUGUGCAGCAGAACAGCGUCAAGAAAAAGUCGCUGCCGCCUGUGAAGUUUGUCGAGGGCGAAGUUGUUUGGGCAAAGUUCAGCCGGAGACCUUGGUGGCCCUGCGAGGUGACUGUUGACCCUGUACAGGGAAGCUACCACAGAGUGAAAGAGCCCAGCGACCGGCCCUGUCGGCUCUACUAUGUCAGGACCUUCGGGGAGCCCGUGGAGCUGGUCUGGGUGGAGGAAAAGUCAACUCACACUUUUCACGGAGGCUUUGAAUUCGAACAGCUCCACCUACAGCACCGGAGGGGGAAGCAAAGGGAGCAGAACAACAAAUACACCAUUGCGAAGCGUUUUCAGGACUCGUGGAAAUCCAGUGUGGCAGAAGCCGAAGCUGUUCUCCGGGAGAGAACCAAAAUGGCUUCCUCCCUUUCUCUGUCAAUAGACGACAGCUUCCACGACAGUUCAGCACUGGAGAGAGAAAACAAGGCUCAUCCAGCAUUUUCUCCUUCUGUUUCACCUGUUCCAGCACUUCCUGAAAAAUCGCACAUAACUAAUGGAUCCUUCUCAUCCCCAGUUACAGCUCCAACAAAGCCAAGCACUUUAAGGAAAUCUCCUGGCAAGAAGAAACGGAGUAAAUCAUCAAAGGACACGAGUAGUAAACACUCUAAAAAUACACUGCAGAAUAGCCCUGACCAAUCAGAUAGAGACAAUGGCGAGUGCCCGUACUCUGACCUCGACUCUGUCCCGAAGAUUUUGUGUCCUAAAGCACUUGAACGUCAGCCGAAGUUAGUUCCGACUGUCACGGUUGUCAAAGAGGUGAAGAAGCAGCCCGAGAUUCAGAGUGGGCUUUGGUUUAGCAAAUCAGGCAAAGAGAGGCGACCUAAAACAACCAGUCCGAUGCCGGAUCGCACUCUGUUCAGCAAGGUGCCCUGCAAGAAAAAGAACUCAUCUAUUGUUAGUAAAAAGGCGCUGGUUCCUUGUGGCUCCAGUUCGUCCAGUGGUGGCACCAGUGACCAGUCAGGGUUAUCAGACAAACAUAAACCUCCAGUACCUGCUGAAAGCAAUCUGCCAUCUGAACCGUCAGGACACUUGAAGUGUAAAAAUGCAGCAGCUGCUAGUAGGUCUUUAGCUACAACUUGGAGUCCUGCUGACCAGAGAUCUAUACUCACUGUUGAGAGUGGAUGUUCAAAGAGUCGGCAGCCAGUCAGUAAUGCAGCUGAUACCGUUUCUGGCUCAUUGUCUGGUCAGUUAGGCAGCUCAGAUGUUAAAAAGGCCUCAGAGCCCAUCGUGAAAGUCAGUGUCAGUGACCAGUCCAGGUGUUUGGAGAGCGUUAAGAGCAUCAGCCGAACUGAGCCUUCUGACCUGCCGACCCCUAAAAAGCUUCUUGUAGCUGAACAAGAAAAAGAAAGCAGCAAAACUCCAACAUCCACUCUAAAAGCUGACACUACUGACUCAUUAGCCAGGCUAGAAAAGCAAAGAAGUCUGGUCUCUAAGUGUAGGCUGCCCUUUGUGAAAUUAAUACGCAAGGACAUAAAAGAUAAAAAGUUUCUGAACUCCACAAUAACUUUACGUUCCACUGAACAACCCGGAUGCACAAAGAAAGAGAAAACACCAGACACUAAUGCAACUAAAACAUCCUCAAAACAGUUAGAGUGGAUGGAUGGCAAGAAACUCGCCUCCAUAGUCGGUUUACAAUCCAUAAAGGUUUCAGUUAAGAAGUUAAAGGCGAGUGGUGCGUCUGAUAUGCUUCGUCUCUCAUCAGAAUCAUCACACGGGGAUAAUAUUGUGGUUUCCAGUGUGUCUGUUGAUGAAUCAGGCAGUCGAGAAGCAGAGAAGACACCAAAUGUAAGUCCGAGUCGUGUGACUUCCUCAUCCUGUAACCAGUCAGAUCAGUCAGAAGGUCAAAAGACUUCUGCCUCUGAUGUAACAAGCAACUCCUCUGAACAGCGAGGCACUCCAGACCAAGAAAGUACAUCUGUCACAGCUUGUACUACAACUGUUCAGCCUUCUGAGAGGCAGGAGAGCUCAGUGUGUAGCAAUCCUCUGGUGCCUGAAGGCCUGUCUCCCGAGAAGUCCAAAAAAGUUGUCCACAAAUCAAAACAGGUUUCAGAUGAAGUAAAUAAAGUCCUACAGGAACAACCUGCCCACCUCCCGGCCAGCAACCGGCUGAUGACCAGAGCGCUGAAGGCCAUGCACGAGGCCGAGCAGAAGAAGCGUGAAAAAGCCCGAAAGGGGGCCGAACAGAAAAAACUCUUGAGUCCUUUCAGAAAGUCUGAGGACGUCGUGUGGAAUCCUGAGGCCAAAGCGGAUUUUUGCACUAAAACAAAAUCUCUGAAGUCUCGAUAUAAAGACAAUGGUGAGUAUGAUCGGGACACUUUUUCUAGAUGCAGCACCCCCACUUUGAUGCUUUCUGAUUCAAAUGACUUGGACGUCAAGAGUGAAGAUGAAGACCUCUCGAUAUCCUCCACUCCGCCCAUGGACUUCAUACCUCUUACUUCUAGAGUAAAGCCAGAGAAGGAUAAUCACUCCUCUGACGUACGCUCCUCAUCUUCACCAUCCUCACCGUUUUCUUUUAUGAACGCCUUCAAAGACGUGGAGGAGGUCUCUUUUCAGUCCCUAACGAAUGAGAGCGAUGGGAAACCGGUUUCUUUCAAGCCGGACGCAAACUACAAGUUCAGCACCUUCCUGAUGAUGCUGAAGGACUUGCAUGACACUAGAGAGCGAGAAGGAGCGCCUUUAGAGCUGGAGAUCGGCCCACCGAGUGCACAUGUUAAAGAGGAACCCUUAGUGAUGCCGGGGGAGGCUACACCCCCAGGACAAGAUCAAGAAAUUAAAUACGUGCACGGUAAUUCAGUUUCAAGUCUAAACAAAACUAUAGCCACACACAGUAAAGACGGCACAAUUCAGACGUCCAAGAGGCCCUACAACAGAAGGGGAAGCUCCACCGGGGUGAAAAAGAAAACCAACCGCAGAGUGCCUUGUCGUCCUGCUAGGUCUGGACCUGGUUUCCCAGGACUGGAGUCCCCAUCAGGAAUGAAGUCCUUGCCAGCAAUGGACUCUUCAUCACGAGUGGAUUGCUCCUCCAGAGUGCUGGGUUUGCAGAGCAGCAGCUGGGAGAGGCAGGCUGGAGGUGGAGUGGUCAGGACGGAGGAGGAGGAGAGGUGGAGCAGAGUAAAGGAGAAGCUCCAGAACAUGGUGCCUUUGGAGCAGAGGGAGUGUGACGCUACGCUGGGUUUGGAGCCGCCCAACGGCCUAGUUUCCAACUGCACUAAGAGUAACUUGAUGUACGGCGCUGGGGGAGGCGACAAGACUACAGCACAUAAACGGAUAAGAAAACCAAGCAAGAGGCUGAUUGAAUGGACUGAAGAGUACGACCAGAUUUUCUCCACGAGGAAGAAAACCAAAAAGCCUCUCCAGUCGAUUGGAAAGGCCCCUCAACCCGUUACCUCCACGUCUGAGUCCUCGGGGUCGGACAAGAACGCACACGACCACCCAUCCUUGAAUUUACUUCCUGAAAUACAGACGCCACCUCCAGAGGAAACCGCUGCGCCGACGCCAUCGGAGCUACAGAUUCCCAGCACUGAAAACCCAAGUCCCCAAGAUGCACCUGUGCUCUCCAUUGACACGUUGACGCCUCCACCUGAAGUCGAACCUUCGCUGUCAGAAGGCCUCGUCAAAGACAACGGAAGUGCUCCUGUAGUGGAGAAGAAACGUAAGAGGAAACCCACUCAGAAGAUCCUGGAGUACUGCCUGGAGGCCGAGGCAUCGACGGGCCCCAAGAAGAAGGUCAAAACACUGAAGAACAGUUCAAAUCCUGCUCCUCAGUCCGAUUCUGCCCUGCCAACAUUAAAAUCAAAGACUAAACCACUCACAGCCUCCACUCUGACCACAGUCUCUGAGAUUUCCACCAGUACGCCCACAACCACCGUCCAGGCCGAUCACAGUACUCCGACUCCCUCCACCCAACCACCGGCUUCACCUGAACCCAACCAGGUGGAGACGACACCAGCAGACGACGAUGCUCCUCAACCAGACGACGGUAAAAUUCAGGAGGUCAAGAAGGACGCAGCAGAGUCGGAGGGUGAACCGUCCAGCCUGGACCACAGUUUCUCCUCCAUGAAGGACGAGUUGUCGCUGUGUGACGAAACACUUUUACCCGCGAGGAAGAUCAUCGGCGACCGAGGAGGUCCGGCCUCCAUGAAGGAGAACAUUUGUCAGGUGUGUGAGAAGACAGGUGAGCUGCUGCUCUGUGAGGGUCAGUGUUGUGGAGCUUUCCAUCUGCCCUGCAUCUCUCUGGCCGAGGCGCCGAAGGGCAAGUUUAUCUGUCCGGAGUGUAAAUCAGGCGUCCACACCUGCUUUGUGUGUAAGAAGCGCAGUGAGGACGUGCGACGCUGCAUGAUUCCCGUCUGUGGGAAGUUUUACCACGGAGAAUGCAUCGCCAGCUACGCUCCGACCGCCCCAGUGAACCGAGGCUUCCGCUGCUCCAUCCACGUCUGCCUCACCUGCUUCAUCGCCAACCCCAACGGCUCCAACAUCUCCAAAGGUCGUCUGGUCCGGUGCGUUCGCUGCCCGGUAGCUUAUCACGCCACAGACCUCUGCAUGGCCGCCGGCAGCGUCGUUCUCUCCAACAACAGCAUCGUCUGUCCGAACCACUUCACUCCUCGCCGCGGCGUCAAGAACCACGAACACGUCAACGUCAGCUGGUGCUUCGUCUGCACUGAAGGUGGCAGCCUGCUGUGCUGUGAAUCCUGUCCGGCUGCAUUUCACCGCGAGUGUCUGAACAUCGAGAUGCCCAAAGGCAGCUGGUACUGCAACGACUGCAAGGCCGGGAAGAAGCCUCGCUACAAAGACAUCCUCUGGGUGAAGGUCGGCCGCUACAGGUGGUGGCCGGCGGAGGUCAGCCAUCCCAAAACAAUCCCAGAAAACAUCCAGCGAAUGAGGCACGAUGUCGGAGAGUUCCCGGUGCACUUCUUCGGCUCCAACGACUACCUGUGGACCUACCAGGCCAGAGUCUUCCCCUACAUGGAUGUGGACGCCAACAGCAAAGAGAAGAUGGGGAAAGGUGUCGAUGCAACGUACAAGAAAGCUCUGGAGGAGGCGGCUGUGAGGUUUCGUGAGCUGCAGGCAGAGAAGGAGCUUCGGCAGCUUCAAGAAGACAGAAAGAACGACAGGAAGCCGCCUCCAUACAAACACAUUAAGGUGAAUCGACCAAUCGGAAAGGCUCAGAUCUUCACGGCCGACCUAUCGGAGAUCCCUCGCUGCAACUGCAAGGCAACAGAUGAGAGUCCGUGUGGGAUGGACUCAGAAUGCAUCAACCGGAUGCUGCUGUACGAAUGCCACCCGCAGGUUUGCCCGGCUGGUGAGCGCUGCCUCAACCAGGCGUUCACUAAGCGUCAGUACAGCCAGGUGGAGAUCUUCAGGACGCUGUCUCGAGGCUGGGGGCUCCGCUGCGUCCACGACAUCAAGAAGGGUCACUUUGUGAGCGAGUACGUUGGGGAGGUGAUCGACGAGGAGGAGUGCAGGUCGAGGAUCAGACACGCUCAGGAGAACGACAUCUGUAACUUCUACAUGUUAACUCUGGACAAGGACCGGAUCAUCGAUGCCGGGCCGAAGGGGAACGAGGCUCGUUUCAUGAACCACUGCUGUCAGCCCAACUGUGAGACCCAGAAGUGGACGGUGAGCGGAGACACCCGGGUGGGACUGUUCGCUCUGGUCGACAUCUCUGCAGGCACAGAACUCACAUUCAACUACAACCUGGAGUGUUUGGGAAACGGGAAGACGGUCUGUAAAUGUGGAGCGCCGAACUGCAGCGGCUUCUUGGGCGUCAGGCCAAAGAACAACCCUCCAUCUGACGACAAAGGCCGCAAGCUGAAGCGGAGAGGCCACGGCAAGAAGAAGAAGAAGGUGGUGCUGACCAAAGAAAGGGAGGACGAGUGUUUCAGCUGCGGAGACGGAGGCCAGAUGGUUUCCUGUAAAAGACCCGGAUGUCCCAAAGUUUACCAUGCAGACUGUCUGAACCUCACCAAGAGGCCUGCAGGUCGGUGGGAAUGUCCGUGGCAUCAGUGUGACAUUUGCGGUAAGGAGGCGGCGUCCUUCUGCGAGAUGUGUCCGAGCUCCUACUGCUCCCAGCACCGCGAGGGUCUCCUCUUCAUCUCCAAACUGGACGGAAAGUUGUCCUGCAGCGAACACGACCCCUGUGGUCCGGAGCCGCUGGAGCCGGGGGAGAUCCGGGAGUACGCACCCGAACCCAGAGCCCUGCCCUCGGGGCUGGGGAUGGCCGUCAUCCCCCCCGCCGCCUCCAGCGCCACCAGCAGCCAGACUCCCGCCUCCAGGAGGACCCAGGAGGUUGGCUCCGGAGCCGGCACGAGUGCUUCCGAGUCAUUUCCCGCCUUCUCCAUCCCGGUUCCCAUCACCAUCCCCGUCGCUGCUCCCGCCUCCUCGCCUCCGCCCAGCAGCUCCGACGCCCCCAGCAGCCCUCACGUGUUCGACCUCCCACACUACUCACCCAUCUCCUCGUAUGAAGAGGAGAGGGACGUCUUAGAGGAGGAUGAGGAGGAGCUGCUGGCCGAGGAAGACGAGGAGGAGGAGGAGGAAGAGGAGGAGGAGGAAGAGGAGCUAGUGGAAGUAGGGAGGCCGAAAUCAGACACUCAACAAGAAGAUGGAGAGGAAGAGGAGGAAGAGGAGGAGGAGGACGUGGGGCUGGAAUACCUGGAGCUCAAAGACGAAGAGGAGGACGAUGAUGACGACGACGAAGAGGAGGAGGAAGAGGAGUGAUAUUUACAGAGUUACUGCAGAUGAAUGAGUCCGUCACUGUAUUCAAUCAUCAGUUGGAUUUAUGGAGAGAUUUAUAGGACAAAACAUAAAUAAACUGUGAGGUUUAUAAAUAAAUAAACAGCAUCAAUACUGUAUAGAUUUAUACACACACA